AUGGAAAACCAAAAAUUAAAGACAAUUAUAACUUCCAAUAUAAUGGGAACAAAUUUGCUACUGAACAUUCCGGUAGCAUUAUCUGAAGAUGAGGACGAUUCUAGUACUAGUGAAGAUGAACAACUAAUGGCAGUAAUGAUAAUCAGGAAAAGAAAAUAUAAAAAACCUGUUAGAAUUCAACAAUAUGUAGAACAAGUUGUUCCUAGCUACACCGCACAGCAAUUUCAGCAACAUUUCCGGAUUACCAUUGACGCAUAUGAACACCUUCUUAAUGUAAUGGGACCGCAAAUGUCUAGGCAGGGUGAAGCUGGCAGGCCAAAUAUUAAUGUCGAAAAACAAUUAUUGGCUGUAAUCUGGUUGUUAGCCACACCAGACUCUUAUAGGUGA